ACCCUUCAUGGUCCUAUUUUUAUCCAAGAGCCAUAUGAUAUCACUUAUUCCAUGGGCUCAGCAAAUCCAGAAAUCGUACUGAACUGCACAGCUAAAGGAUAUCCUGUCCCAUACUACAGGUGGAAGCAAAAUGGCACAGAUAUUGAUCUUACCAUGAGUUAUCACUACAGGUUGGUUGGAGGCAGCUUGGCAAUCAAUAACCCACAUAAAAAACAGGAUAUUGGAACAUACCAGUGUUUGGCCACAAAUUCAUUUGGAACAAUUCUGAGCAGGAAGGCAAAGCUUCAAUUUGCAUAUCUUGAAAACUUUGAAACAAAAACAAGAAGCACAGUGUCAGUCAGAGAAGGACAAGGAGUGGUCCUGCUCUGUGGUCCCCCACCGCAUUAUGGAGGCUUGUCCUAUAAGUGGAUCUUCAACAAUAACACCUUGUAUGUUCAGGAAGAUAGUCGCCGAUUUGUUUCACAAGAAACGGGAAAUCUGUACAUUGCCAAAGUAGAGCCAUCGGAUGUGGGCAAUUACACCUGCGUCGUAACCAACUCUAAAGCAGAGCAAAGUGUGCAGGGGCCGCCCACUCCCCUCACUCUGCGCAGCGAUGGUGUGAUGGGGGAGUAUGAACCAAAGAUUGAAGUACGUUUUCCAGAAACAACAUAUGCAGCGAAGGGCUCAUCUGUUAAACUGGAAUGCUUUGCCCUUGGAAAUCCUGUCCCUAGUAUUAGCUGGAAGAGGUAUGAUGGAAACUCAUUGGCAAAGAAAAUUGAACACAAUAAAACCAAGGGAGUUCUUGAAAUCCCAGAUGUCCAGCAAGAAGACGAAGGCUCUUAUGAAUGCAUUGCAGGAAACAUUCGAGGAAGAAACAUUGCACGAGGUCAAUUAUUUGUCUAUGCACUCCCUGAAUGGGAGAAAAAAAUCCAAAAUGCCUUUCUGUCUCUCUAUGGCAGUUUAUUUUGGGAAUGUAAGGCAAAAGGAAAACCAAGCCCUUCUUACAGCUGGUUAAAAAAUGGCCAGCUGCUCACAUCAGAGGAAAGAAUUCAAAUAGAAAAUGGAACUCUAGUCAUACCGAUGUUGAAUAUGUCAGACUCCGGCCUCUACCAAUGCGUGGCAGAAAACAAGUACGACACUAUUUAUGCCAAUGCUGAGUUGCGGGUGAUAGCUGCAGCACCUGAUUUCUCCAAAAAUCCUUUGAAAAAAAUAUCUGUUGUUCAAGUUGGAGGUGAAGUUACAAUUGGUUGUAAACCGAGUGCUUCUCCCCGAGCAGUUAUUAACUGGAGAAAGGGCUCAGAGGUUCUGCGCCAGAACAAAAGGGUCAACUUACUGGAGGACGGCAGUCUCAGGCUCUAUAAUAUCACCAAAUCAGACGCCGGGGUGUACACUUGUAUAGCAACAAAUCAGUUUGGAGUUGCCAGAAAUUCAGGGAACCUGAUUGUGAAAGAAAGGACUGUAAUUACUAUUCCACCUUCUAAUAUGGAUGUAACAGUUGGAGAAAGCAUAGUCCUUCCCUGCCAGGUGUCUCACGACCCCUCCAUUGAUGUGGUGUUCACAUGGUCAUUCAAUGGCAAUACAAUUGAUUUUAAUAGAAGAGUACAUCAUUUUGAAAGAAUCGGANUCCAGGAAUCUGUUGGGGAUUUGAUGAUAAGAAAUAUUCAGCUACAUCAUUCUGGGAAAUAUAUGUGCAUGGUACAAACAACUUUAGACAGUCAAUCUGCAACAGCAGAUAUAAUUGUAAGAGGCCCCCCAGGACCACCAGAAGAUGUUAAAGUUGAACAUCUUUCUAGCACUACUGCUGUGUUAUCUUGGAAGGCAGGAAUAGAUAAUAAUAGUCCAGUUCAGAUCUACAGUGUUCAGACGAGGACUCCUUUCUCAGUUGGAUGGCAGGCAGUUGCAACAGUUCCUGAAGUCAUUAAUGGCAGGACUUACAAGGCAACAGUGGUUGACUUAAGCCCUUGGGUUGAGUAUGAGUUUCGUGUGGUUGCCAGCAAUAGUGUUGGAAUUGGAGAGCCAAGCAGACCGUCAGCUCUGCUGAAAACUAAAGCAGCAG